UCGCAUGGCUUGGCCGUUUCACACAAAUAUGUCCAACCGAUCGCCUCAAUAUAAAAACGUCCAAACCCGUGCGUCCCAUGUCUUUCCCACACUUUCACCAUGUCAAAGAACUUGGACGAACUUGUAAUUCGAGAGGUAACUACCAAUGUCUGGAUUUUUUCCAAGCCUUUUACACGUGCUCGAUUUAUCCCGUUCGGUGGGCGCUCAACCGCAAUUAAGUUAGCCAGUGGAGACGUAUGGGUCCUCGCAUCAACGCCGUUAACACUGGACACAAAAGAGACCAUCGACAAGUUGGGACCUGUGAAAUGGAUCGUGGCCGGAGACGCGGAGCACCAUCUUUUCCUUGCGGAAUACAAAAAGGCCUAUGCGGAUGCCAAACUAGUCGUCGUCGAGCGGCUGUUCAAGAAGAAGAAAGACGAAGGUCUUGAUGUCGCGGGCGCUUAUGGUGUUGAUCCGCCGGAGACAGAGUAUGGCUUUGAGAGCGAGAUAAAGGCUCAUUACUUCCCCGGCUUCCAAAAUCAGGAUGUCGCAUUUUAUCACGUCGCGUCAAAGUCUCUGAUUGUUGCCGAUCUCAUUUUCAACCUACCUGGUACAGAGCAAUACUCAAAGUCCAAGGCUUCCGCGAAAGUUCCCAUAAUUGGCAAAUUCAGUCCUCCGGGAUUGGUGUUGAAAUCCCUCCUGUGGAGUUUGGGCAAAGAUAAGGAUGCUAUGCGUCGGGACAUCAAGGUCGUUUCAGAAUGGGAUUUCAGCAGGAUUAUUAUGUGCCAUGGGGAUGUCAUCGAAGAAGACGCACCCAAAGCUUGGAAAGACGCGUAUGCCAAGUACAGCACUAAAUAAUCAAGUCUACCAUUUAUGCAUUCUUUUCGAUAGCCAUGUGUUGAUUCAUGCCUUU